CAGUGUGAUUUUUGAAAACAUCGAGGUCCAUCAUCUCUAUAUUUCGUACUUUCCUCAUAAUUCUUGCGUAAGAUUCAACCUUUUGGGUGCUUUAUUAAACAUAAAUCUGUAAAGUCAGUGUAAUAAAAGCUAAAGGGUUUCUUGGUUAUUUAUCUUCAAUAUGUCGGAGUCUGUACCAGAUACAAGCGACUUGCUAGAUUUCACAAACAACAUGGAAGACGAGAAUGUGCCUUCUUCAACAGUAGGUUUUGAUGAGCCAGCAAAAGACGAAGAGCCUUCUCCAGAAAGUGAAAAGGUGCCCGAUGAAAAGGAGGAAACGUCAGCUGUAGAAGAUCUUCCAACAGAGAAAACAGAAUCGGAAGAAAAACCCGAAGAAACGCCCUCGAAAGAGUUGACAAGCCGGCCGGCGAGGUGGAUGAAAGAACAUGGAGUGGAUCAAAGAGUAAUUGACCUGAUCUAUUGGCGCUGUCUGAAGAAGACUGGAAUUGUGGUUGCCACUGGCCUGGUUCUCUUGAUUUCAUUGAGCAUGUACACGUUGCUGAGUGUUUUGACGUUCUUCUCCAUGGCUCUGUUAACAGUGUCACUGCUGUACAGGGUUGGCAUGACCGUCAUGGGAGCUAUCCAGAAAAGUGGCACUGAUAAUCCAUUCAAGUAAGUACUGCUGAUGUGAAGGAUUCCUUUGGGAUUUUGUUAUCAAAAACGAGCUUAAUUUUCCUUC